AUGUAUCGUAGAGCCCUCACUGUUGCAACGGCGGCCUUAGCAGGCCGCCUUGCAUUGGCAGGUCCACUCACAAAGCGCGCUCUGGACACGGACAGUCUUGCCAACAAGUACUUCGGCAACGAUGCUGACUGGUACCGCGAGCGUAUUCCAUACUUCGAGUCGUCGGAUAAAGAGAUCGAAGCUGUCUUCUACUAUCGCUGGAAGAUCUUUCGAGCACAUCAACGAGAUCUGGGCGAACGAGGCUACGUCUCGACUGAGUUUCUGGACGAUGUUGGCUGGCAGCUUGAGCCGUGGGCUACAUUGAACGAUGCAACCGGCUUUCACCUAGGAGAAGGUCGCUGGCUGCGAGACCGCCGCUUUGCAGACGACUACAUCCGGCACAUGUAUAAUGGAGGCAACGAUCGGCACUUCACGGACUACAUGUCAGAUUCCGUAUAUGGUCGAUACCUUGUCGACGGUGAUGUGGACUCUAUGACAGUACACCUAGACGCCAUGACCAGCCUGUACAGUCAGUGGGAGGGCGACAGCUUCGACACAAGCAAGGGCUUGUUCUGGAGAGAACCUCUGGCCGAUGCCACCGAGUACACCAUCUCCAGCAUCGAUGCAUCGUGUGGUGAGGAUGGAUUUGGUGGCGGCCAAGCUUUCAGACCUUCCAUCAACUCUUACCAGUGGGCGAAUGCCAUUGCCAACGCCAAGAUCGCGGAACUGGCUGGUCGGGGCGAUGUUGCUUCGACUUACAACCAGAAAGCCGCCACACUCAAAGAGCGCUUCGAUGCCGACAUCUGGAACCAAACCAUGGAGCACUACAUUGACCGUCAUCAACGCGAUACUGAAUGUGUCAAGUACUAUGAGCCAAUUCGUGGACGUGAGCUUGUCGGUCUUGUUCCUUGGAUGUUCAACAUGCCUGAUAACAACGACACUUAUAGCCAGGCUUGGAAGCAUCUCCUGAAUCCCGAGGAGCUCCGUGGCUCGAGCGGCAUGCGUACCGUGGAGCCAUCAUACGAGUAUUACAUGCGUCAGUACAGGUAUGAUACACCGACCGGCCUGCGAGAGUGUCAAUGGAACGGUCCAGUCUGGCCAUAUCAGACGACUCAGGUCUUACUUGGUCUGGCGAACCUUCUCGACACCUACGAUCAGGACAUCAUCUCCAAGUCCGACUAUCUCGACGAAUUGCGCCGAUAUACCAAGCUGCACUACCAAGGCGACCUGCUCGACCUCGAAGAAGACUACGAACCAGACAAGCCCGGCCCAAUCGUCGGCCUCCCACGCUCCCAUCACUACUUUCACAGCGGCUAUAACGACCUCAUCAUCGGCGGCCUCGUCGGCAUCAGACCCCAACCCGACAACAGCAUCAUCAUCAACCCCAUGAUCCCAACCAACUCUGACAUCUCCUACUUCCGCCUCCAAGACGUCCCCUACCACGGCCACACGAUCGCAGUACAAUGGCGAUCCGGCACGCUCCAGCUCGAAGUCGACGGCAACGUCGUCGCAUCUAGCCAAGGCCUCAACAAACUCACAGCCCAAAUCGCCUCCGCACCCGCGCCGGCUAUCAAAAGACCCAUCGCAAAAUCCGUCCAGCUCGUGAGAGGCCAGUUCCCAAUCGGCUCCGCCUCGUCCGGCAACGAGACCGAGAACGUUCACGAUGCUAUCGAUGGCCGCGUCUGGUUCUUUCCGGAAUUGAAGAACGGGUGGGACUCCGAUGCGACUGAUGCGGACUCUGAGCAGUUCUACCAGGUCGAUUUCGGUAGUGAUACGAGCUUCACGAGCGUCGAGCUUGCGUUCUUCGCUGAUGAUGGUGAUUACGUUCUACCGAGCGAAUACAAGCUCCAGCAGAAUGACGGUGGUUCUUGGUCUGAUAUUUGGACUACGCCGGAGUUGAUUGCGAAUGGCGUGACGACUAUUGCUGGAGAUGCUGUGGAAACAAGUCAGCUUCGCGUAUCGUUCACACAACUGGCUGGGAAGAGGACGCGGUUGGCAGAGUUUAAGGCAUACUAG